CAGGGUCCCCCACCCCCACCCCAUCCUGUCCGGUAACAACUGUCACUUCAGCGCACGGUUAAAGUGGCUUAUUCCUGGCAGAUGGGCACUUAACAGAAUGGACCCUCCCCGAGACCCAGGUCCCCUCGGGCAGCUGUGUGGGGCCUUUGGAUACAAUGCUGGGUUCCCCAGAGGAGGAGAAAGGAUCACGCACGCUGCAGAAGAAAGAGGCUCCCAGCGGGAGGCAUGCGGGCUUGCCUGACAAGGAGAGGGCUGGCUCUGGAGGGCUCUUAGCAACAGCCCUGGUUUGACCCGCCUCAGCCGUGAGAAAAUCGAAUCGGAGCGCCUUGCUUCCAGGCUCCACGCACCAUCAACAGCCGAUUGUCGAGACAUCCUUUCUCCCGCCUGUUAAUUACCUGCUCUGGGACUCUCACGCAAAGUGCUGCUGAGACCGGGAGCAAGCAACCUGCGCCCACCCCCACCCCCACGCCGACUGCCUGGGGGUUCAGGCUGGCGAAGAUGGCUAACAGGGGCCCGAGCUAUGGCUUAAGCCGAGAGGUGCAGGAGAAGAUCGAGCAGAAAUAUGACGCGGACCUGGAGAACAAGCUGGUGGACUGGAUCAUCCUGCAGUGUGCUGAAGAUAUAGAGCACCCGCCCCCGGGCAGGGCCCAUUUUCAGAAAUGGUUGAUGGACGGGACGGUCCUGUGCAAGCUGAUAAACAGUUUAUAUCCACCAGGACAAGAACCUAUCCCCAAGAUCUCAGAGUCAAAGAUGGCUUUUAAGCAGAUGGAGCAAAUCUCCCAGUUCCUGAAAGCGGCCGAGGUCUAUGGUGUCAGGACCACUGACAUUUUUCAGACAGUGGAUCUAUGGGAAGGGAAGGACAUGGCAGCUGUGCAGAGGACUCUGAUGGCCCUAGGCAGCGUGGCAGUCACCAAGGAUGAUGGCUGCUACCGAGGAGAGCCCUCCUGGUUUCACAGGAAAGCCCAGCAGAACCGGAGAGGAUUUUCAGAGGAGCAGCUUCGCCAGGGACAGAACGUCAUAGGCCUGCAGAUGGGCAGCAACAAGGGUGCCUCCCAGGCGGGCAUGACGGGGUACGGGAUGCCCAGGCAGAUCAUGUAAGAGGCCACAUCUUGUCCCCCUGGUAGAGAGGACGAAUGUUCCGCGCCACAGUCUGUGACAAAGAAAUAGGUAGUCACCUUCUCACCUUCUCCUCUUCCUCAAAGCCUUCUGUCCCCCGUUUCUGCAAGUGCUGCCUUUCUGCUGAGAAUCCACGCUGCCUAAUGCUG